AUGGAUUCGGAGUCGGAGCUCAUUUCACUAAUUUCUCAACUGAUCUCUCUCGACGACUCAACGGAUCUAAAUGGUUUUGAUCCGGGUUCGUGGUUGAAGCUCAUUACUCAGAUAAUCUCUCUCCUCCGAUCUAUAGAUUUCGAUUCGCCGCCGAAGCCGGAUUCGUCGGAGCUCAUAUCACUCAUCACUCAACUCGUCAACUCUAUAGAUUCGGAUCCGGAGCUACUCAGAUCACUAAUUGCUGAGACAUUGAGCCUCGAGCCGGAGCCGGUGCUCGUAUCACUCAUCUAUCGAAUAUUCUCCGUCGUCGUCUCCAUGUAUUCAAAUUCAGGGAGGCUUGUUUCCUUGUGCCCUCAAGCACAAGUUUAUCAAGAAGAAGGAAAGUUUCAUGUGAUCGGUGAAGUCCCGUUGAUGAUGAGUCGCAACAACAAGUGGGAGUGUCUCCCUGACAGUUGGAAAAAACUAAGGUUAACAGAUGACGUUACACAUUUUCACUGCACAAAUUGCAAUGGUGAGAACCAUGGAGAAUAUAAAAAGGUUCUUGUUGAGAUCAAACACUCUCUUCAUCAAAAACAUUCUCUUCAGCUUGUUUGGUUUAACGAAGCUAUGAUAACCAGAGAAUGUUAUUGCUGUGACGAAUAUCUCAGAGAGUUUUUCUACUAUUGCUUUGUUUGCGAUUACGCCAUGAAUGUAGCUUGUGUGGAGAAACCGCAAGUCUUAUCUAUAGACAAUCACAAGUGGCAUGAGCAUACACUUGCUCUGUUUCCGAGAAAGUCUUGCUUAACUUGCGACGUAUGUGCCUUGUCUGAUUCGAGCUGUCCUUUCUUUAUCUGUCCUCCUUGUGACUUUGUUGUUCAUCAAAGAUGCAUCAGCUUACCUCGUGUCAUAAGGAUAUCUCGCCAUCUCCAUCGUAUCUCUUUUACAUUUUCUUUUGAUCAUCAAGGAGAUUGGUUUUGUAGUGUUUGUCGCAGAAAGAUUGAGAACGAGUAUGGAGGUUAUUCUUGCAUCAAGGAUGAUUGUUGUUACGCGGCUCAUUCAAGAUGUGCCACACAGAGUAAUGUGUGGGACGGUAUAGAUCUUGAAGGAGUGCCGGAAGAGGUUGAAGAAGACGAUGUUGAGCCGUUUGUGACGCUAAGCGAUGGGAUCAUUCAACAUUUCAGUCAUCAACAUCAUCAUCUGAAACUUGAUGAGGACACAAGUAGAGAUUACGACGAGAAUAAGAUGUGUCAAGGUUGCGUCAUGCCAAUCUAUUUCGGUAACUUCUACUCAUGUACGCAAUGUGAUUUCAUUCUACAUGAAACGUGUGCAAAUCUUUCUCGCAAAAUACAUCAUCCAGUACAUCCACACAUGCUCACUCUAGUGGUAGGACAUGGCGGUGUUACGGAAGGUCAGCAUAUUUGUUUAACAUGUACUAGGUUGUGCGUAGCUGGUUUCUUCUACGAGUGCGGUAAAAAAGAAUGUUAUUUUAAGCUACACGUGCAAUGCGCCACAGUCUCUGAGCCAUUAGUCCAUGAAAGUCAUAUGCAUCCUUUAUUCCUAACAUCAAAACCAGGAGAGUAUAGACAAUGCUGUGUUUGCAAAUUGUACAGUUCUACGCACACAAGAGAAACAUUCAAUUGCAUUGAGUGUGACUUUGCUUUGUGUUUUAACUGCGCUACAUUACCUCACAAGGUGAGGUAUAAGCAUGACAAGCAUAUGCUUAGUCUUUCUUAUGGGGAAGAAACAGCAAGUACCCUGACCUACUGGUGUGAACUCUGCGAGAAAAGAUUAAACAUAAAUGAGAGGUUUUAUAAGUGUGAUUAG